UGGGGCAGGUGGCCCUCCCGUCCUUCGCACUAAAGAUAUCGGGUGAACCCAAGGCUGGAAAGGGCGGCGACCUGCACAGGAUUGUGCAGACAGCGCAGCCAGGACAAGGACUCAAACUGGGGCUCCAUGGAAGCUUCCCGCCCCCAUUAUUCCCUCCUCAGCUCCCUGUGUUCUUGGAAUAAGCACUUAAUGUGUCCCCACUUCCUGCCCUGCCUUUGUUUGGUUCUCAGAUUUUUUUUUCCCCCUUAAAGGACCUUUAGGGAUGGCUCUCCUUCCACAAGUGCCAAUUUAUUUAUGCGCACCCUUUGGAUAUGGGCACUAAGGCGUGGGCUGUGCAGUGGGACUGCAGAGGUGAAUCAGAUCAGUCUCAGCUCUUGAAGAGUCUCUAGUCUGUUGAGGAGACAGACCUGGAUCCAACAAGGCCCGCACAGUGUGCUCAGAACUGUAUCAGAAAAGUCGGAGAAGUCUUUCUUAAAGAGGUGACAGGCUGGGCACUGAGGGCUGAGGAGUUGGCCAUUUGGGAGGCAGGGGCCAGUCCCGCAAGGGGCAGAUCCUGGGUAGAAUGGAGGAACACACGGAGGCAAGCUUGGCACCAGAGCCAGAGGUCCAGAGGGUCCUAAUCGACAAUCCUGCUGAUAUCCUGGUCAUUGCUGCUUAUUUCCUGCUGGUCAUUGGUGUUGGCUUGUGGUCUAUGUGCAGAACCAACAGAGGCACUGUCGGCGGCUACUUCCUGGCAGGACGAAGCAUGGCGUGGUGGCCGGUUGGGGCCUCUCUCUUCGCCAGCAACAUCGGCAGCGGCCACUUUGUGGGGCUGGCAGGGACUGGUGCUGCAAGCGGCUUGGCUGUGGCUGGAUUUGAGUGGAAUGCGCUGUUCGUGGUGCUGCUACUCGGCUGGCUCUUUGCUCCGGUGUACUUGACGGCAGGUGUCAUUACAAUGCCGCAGUACCUACGCAAGCGCUUUGGUGGCCAUCGUAUCCGCCUCUACUUGUCUGUGCUUUCGCUUUUUCUGUACAUCUUCACCAAGAUCUCGGUGGACAUGUUCUCCGGGGCAGUAUUCAUUCAGCAGGCUCUGGGCUGGAACAUCUACGCCUCCGUCAUCGCGCUCCUGGUCAUCACCAUGAUUUACACUGUGACAGGAGGGCUGGCAGCGCUGAUGUACACAGAUACCGUGCAGACCUUCGUCAUUCUCGGGGGGUCCUUCAUCCUCAUGGGUUACGCCUUCCACGAGGUGGGCGGGUAUUCGGGCCUCUUCCACAGAUACCUGGGGGCAAUGACCUCGCUGACGGUGUCCGAGGACCCGGCCGUGGGCAACAUCUCCAGCUCCUGCUACCGACCCCGGCCCGACUCCUACCACCUGCUUCGGGACCCUGUGACGGGGGACCUGCCGUGGCCCGCAGUGAUCCUAGGGCUCACCAUCGUCUCGGGCUGGUACUGGUGCAGCGACCAGGUCAUAGUGCAGCGCUGCCUGGCCGGGAAGAGCCUGACUCACAUCAAGGCGGGCUGCAUCUUGUGCGGCUAUCUGAAGCUGAUGCCCAUGUUCCUCAUGGUCAUGCCAGGCAUGAUCAGCCGCAUUCUCUACCCGGACGAGGUGGCAUGUGUGGUGCCUGAGGUGUGCAAGCGUGUGUGUGGCACCGAGGUGGGCUGCUCCAACAUCGCCUACCCGCGGCUCGUCGUGAAGCUCAUGCCCAACGGUCUUCGCGGACUCAUGCUGGCCGUCAUGCUGGCAGCGCUCAUGUCCUCGCUGGCCUCCAUCUUUAACAGCAGCAGCACGCUUUUCACCAUGGACAUCUACACGCGCCUGCGGCCCCGCGCAGGCGACCGGGAGCUGCUGCUAGUAGGAAGGCUCUGGGUGGUGUUCGUCGUGGCCGUGUCAGUGGCCUGGCUACCCGUGGUGCAGGCAGCACAGGGUGGGCAGCUCUUCGAUUACAUCCAGUCAGUUUCCAGCUACUUGGCGCCACCCGUGUUUGCCGUCUUCCUGCUGGCGCUCUUUGUGCCCCGUGUCAACGAGAAGGGUGCCUUCUGGGGACUGACUGGGGGCCUGCUGAUAGGCCUGGCACGCCUUAUUCCUGAAUUCUCCUUUGGCACUGGGAGCUGCGUGCGGCCCUCGGCAUGCCCAGCGCUCCUCUGUGGCGUGCACUACCUCUACUUUGCCAUCGUGCUCUUCCUCUGCUCCGGCCUCCUCAUUCUCAUAGUCUCUCUGUGCACUGCACCCAUCCCUCGAAAGCAUCUCCACCGCCUGGUUUUCAGUCUCCGGAACAGCAAGGAGGAACGCGAGGACCUGGAUGCUGAUGAGCUGCAAGGCGCGUCGCUCCCUGUACAGAGCGGGAGCCCAGAGCACGCGGUGGAGACAGAGGGUAAGGCACUGUCUGAGGACGAGGGCCGGGGAAUGGGGCAGCCAAAUUCCUGCAAACUAACUGUGGAGCCUCAAUUUCUCCCAGAGCCACAGUCCCCAUCACCAAGCCUCCUCCGCCAGUGUCUGCUCUGGUUCUGUGGAAUGAGCAGGGGUGGGGCAGGUGGUCCUCCACCCCCUACCCAGGAGGAGGUGGCUAUAGCAGCCAGGCAGCUGGAGGAUAUCAGCGAGGACCCACGCUGGGCCCGUGUGGUCAACCUCAAUGCCCUGCUCAUGAUGACCGUGGCGGUGUUCCUCUGGGGCUUCUAUGCCUAAGGCCAACUGUGUUGGACAACAGGAACCACAGCAAGGGCAGGGCUCAUCCUCACAAUAAGUGGGAGUGGGUGGCCUGCAGUGGUCCCCAGAAAAGGGGAAAGGGCAGCAGUGGGGUGGGAAGCUCCUCGUUCUCUUUUUCUCUGCCUUAUCUCCUCCUGGGGCCCAGUCUAUCUGACUGGCAGUCACUUCCCAUGAGGCCUUGGCCACUCUGCCAUAGCAGCUCCCCUAAGCAGAAAUAAAGCUGC